GCGCCCGUUUUGCGGGGCCCUUCUAGACCUCGCUAUAUAUAUUUCCCCCUUUCUGCUUAAUUUUCAGCCUUAAACCCAGGAUUUUUUGGCAUCUCUUUCAUAUCCAACAAAAACCCUAGCCUCCUUCGUUACACUAGCGAAAAAAUGACAGGGGAGGCUGUGAACCCAAAAGCAUACCCUCUUGCGGAUGCUCAGCUCACCAUUACAAUUCUCGAUCUUGUUCAACAAGCAGCCAACUACAAGCAACUCAAAAAAGGAGCGAAUGAAGCUACGAAGACGCUUAAUAGAGGUAUCUCUGAGUUCAUAGUGAUGGCUGCCGAUACUGAGCCCCUUGAGAUUCUUCUCCAUCUUCCCUUGCUUGCAGAAGAUAAGAAUGUGCCUUACGUAUUUGUCCCAUCAAAGCAAGCACUUGGCCGAGCAUGUGGUGUCACAAGACCUGUUAUUGCUUGUUCUGUGACAUCAAACGAAGGAAGCCAAUUGAAGACCCAAAUACAACAACUCAAAGAUGCCAUUGAAAAGCUCUUGAUAUGAAAUGUUAUGGAAUGUGCGUAUUCGGUGUGAUGGGCCUCUUGGAUUGUUAGUGGCUGCUCCAUUGGAGGCUUUGACUGAUAUGAAGUUGUACCACUAGAGACCAAAGCUUUUUACUAAACCUUUAUUAAGAUUCUUAGUUUCAAGUAUUUUUUUUUUGUUUUUUUGUUUUAAUGCAUUAUGACUAUACUUGGUAAUAGUUUUUAAGAAUUGAGAUAAAUCUUGUCUUGCUAAGUGAGUUUUUCUUUUUCUUUUUUUUUUUUUUUUUUUCCGGAGUGCUAUGUGAGCUUAUCAGCAUAUGGGGUUGUUUAAUGUCAGUUGUUUGCUUGUUGCUGCUUUAAGUUUCUUGGGAAGUUUUUUCACACGAUUUGCUAAAUGUGAUAUUAAUUAUCGUGGUAAAAUUCAUUUAUGUUGUGCAA